UAGCUGAGGCUCCGUAGCGUGGGAGGCGUGGCCAAGUCAAACUGUUGUGUUGUCGAAAUGAGCAACCGGGACCUCAAGGAAAUCCACACGCAUUCUUCGGUUGGGAUUUAAAUCACGCAGAGGCCACAACAACAUCCCGCGCGGAGAACGAGCGGAGUGGAACUGAAGCAGGACAAAACUGCGGUUUGGCCGACUUCCCGGCGAACACCAUGAGCUACAAAGGUAGCGGUGGCAUGGCGCUGAGCCACCGUGACUACAGGCUGGCCUCGGACACAGACAAAGCCAAGUCUGCUGGUAUCGUCAAUGAGAGGCUGCUGAGCGACUAUUUGCAUCACGUCUUCCCUUCUGCCGAUGAGGCCGCUGUUCUGCCCUUCCUCAGGAAGCCUUUGACCUUCCAGGAUUUGGACACUCAUCUGCAAACGUUGUUGUGCGAAGGCGAGACGGCUGACAACAGCGCCUCGGACCGUGAGCUGGAAGGUCGUCUGGGUCCCCAGCCGGUGGUCCUGGAUCACACCGGUGGCUUCGAGGGCCUCCUCUUUGUGGACGACGACCUGUUGGGGGUGAUCGGCCACAGCAACUUCAGCUCCAUCCGGGCCACUACCUGCGUGUACAAAGGCAAGUGGGCGUACGAGGUGCUGAUCUCUUCGCAGGGUCUGAUGCAGAUCGGCUGGUGCACGCUAAACUGCCGCUUCAACCAGGAGGAGGGCGUCGGCGACACGCCCGACUCAUACGCCUACGACGGGAAUCGAGUGCGCAAGUGGAACGUGGUCACCACCAACUAUGGCAAGUCGUGGGCGGCGGGGGACAUUGUCAGCUGUCUGAUUGACCUGGACGAUGCCAGCAUCGCCUUCUGCCUGAACGGCCAGUCGCUGGGUACGGCGUUCGCCGACAUCAAGACGGGCCCCGGUGUGGCUUACUUCCCGGCCAUCAGCCUGUCCUUCAAGGAGUCGGUGGCCUUCAACUUUGGCAGCCGGCCGCUCAGAUACCCGUGCGAAGGCUACCUGCCCUUGCAGGACCCACCCGCUGCCGAUCUGCUCAAGGCUCACAAGCUGCUGGGCUUCCUCAAGAAUGUCCUGUGCACGCGCAUUCAUGUGCAGGAGGAGCGCGUGGCCGAGGCGGAUUGCUCCAUGUGGAGGCUCGAUGGCGAGGCAACGGUCCUGAUCACAAUGGCGCACAUCUUCAAGUAUUUUGCUCAACUGAUGUGCCAAGUCUACCUGGUGGAGGACGUGCUGAUGAACUUCUUGCUGGGGAUCCUGGAAGGCGGCGGUUCCGUGGCCGAGCAUCCACUCAUCCAGCAGCUCCUCGACCUCUUCUGGCUCCUCAUGGAGGACUACGAGGUGAACGAGUGUCUAAAGCAGCUGAUGAUGUCGCUGCUGAGGGCCUACCGCUUCUCCCCCAUCAUCCCCGACCUCGGCUUCCAGAUCCACUACCUUCGUUUGACGACGGCCAUCCUGCGUCACGAGAAGUCCAGGAAGUACCUGCUCAACAACUGCACGUUUGACGUGCUGCGCUCGGUGGUGUUCUUCUACAUCAAGACUCCGCUGCGGGUGAAGGAGGCAGGGCUAGAUGAGCUGAUCCCCACCACCUGGUGGCCCACGCACUUUGACAAGGAGGGAAAAGACGAGCGCCAGCCCAAAGACGAGAGUUCUGAUGAGCGUCUGCAGAGGCGAGCUUACGAGCGAGGGUGUCAGCGGCUGAAAAAAAGAAUCGAAGUGGUGGAAGAGCUGCAAGUGCAGAUCCUCCGGCUGCUACUCAACAACAAAGACAAGAGCACGGGCAAAGCCUCGCGUUACAUUUUCCUCAACAAGUUCCGCAGGUUCCUGCAAGAGAACGCCAGCAACAGAGGGCAUCCCACAGCCCUGUGCCCGCCCGAGUACAUGCUGUGCUUCUUGCACCGCCUGAUCACGGCCGUGCGCGCCUGCUGGGAUGAAAGCUGCAAGAAGAUUUCGGGCAGCGUCACCAGUGAAGCGGCGUUUGUGCCGCCGCAGCUCUUCUACAAUGGCAAGGUGGACUACUUUGACCUGCAGCGGCUGGGUGGGCUGCUGUCGCAUCUCAAGAAGACGCUCAAAGACGACCUGGCCACUCAGGCCAACGUCAUCAUCGACCCCACCGAGAUCCAAGCGGCGUCCAUGGAUGACUUGGACGAGGAUGAGCAGAGCGGCGCCGCGCAGAGGCCAGCGGCCAGCACCCCGGCUCGGCCUGGCUGGCUGGGCUCGCCCACCCCGGGCCGCACCAACCGCUUCCUUGGUGCCGCUGCCGUCGGCCUCGUGACCCCCAGGCGACCCCUCGGCCAGCCUGACAAGGUCAAAGUGCGGGCCCUCGCCAUGGAGCGGCGCACCGAGGAGGACAUUGAAGGAAGCCACGGCGGCGAUGACGGCCUGCUGCUGGGCCGACCUGUGGGCUGGCUGCAACAGCCCGUAGCCGACAAAUCACUUCUGGAGCUCACCGACGGGAUCGUCAUGAUGUACAACCUCAGCGUGCAUCAGCAACUGGGGAAGAUGGUGGCGGUGGCCGACGACGUGCGCGAGUACGCGGUGGCCCUCAAGGACACGGACGAGAAGAUGGCCCGAUGUCCGCCCGGAAGGCCAGACAUCUUGGAGGAACUCUGCAAGAGUCAGAAGGUCUUUGCGGAGAAGUUGAAUCACCUCAGCAGGAGGCUGGCCUGGAUCAACGCCACUACAUACUCCAAGGAGAAGAUGUUGGAUGUGUACUGGCUGCUGCGCGUGUGCAUGGGCACCAUCGAGCACGCCGACCGUACGGGCUCACUCUUCGCCUUUGUCCCUGAGUUCUAUCUCCACGUGGGCAUGUACGCCUACAACGCGCUCAAGAACUACUUUGCUCCCGCCGGCGGCAUGGAGCAGCUGCCGGGCUACGAAGAAACACUGACCCAGCUGGCGGCCAUUCUCGCCAAACACUUUGCGGAUCCGCGCAUCGUCGGAACAGACAUCAAAGACGCACUAAUGCAGGCGCUGGCCAGCUACGUUUGCUACCCGCAGUCCCUCAGGGCAGUGGAGAGGAUCCCCGAGGACCAACGCGUGGCCAUGAUGAGGAACCUGCUGGCCCCCUACGAGCAGAGACCCUGGGCGCAGACAAACUGGAUCCUGGUCCGGCUGUGGCGGGGCUGCGGUUUUGGCUACAGGUACACGCGCCUGCCGCACCUCCUCAAGACCAAACCCGAGGACGCCAACCUCCCCAGCCUCCAGAAGCCGUGUCCAUCGCUGCUGCUCCAGAGACACAUGGCCCGGCUGCUGAGCACCGACAGAGACAUGGCUGCCUCCUUCCUCAACAGCGUUCUCAAUCAGCUCAACUGGGCCUUCUCCGAGUUUAUUGGCAUGAUUCAGGAGAUACAGCAGGCAGCCGAGCGUCCAGAGAGGAACUUUGUGGACACGCGUCAGCUGAAGGUAUGCGCCACCUGCUUUGACCUGUCCGUCAGCCUGCUGAGGGUACUGGAAAUGACGGUCACGCUGGUCCCGGAGAUCUUCCUGGACUGGUCGCGUCCAUCCGCCGAGCUGCUGCUGCGCCGCAUGGCUCAGUUGCUGAAUCAGGUGUUGAAUCGGGUGACAGCCGAGAAGAACCUCUUUGACCGCGUGGUCAACUUGCGACUGCCAGGUCUGGAGAGUGUGGACCACUACCCCAUCCUGGUGGCCGUCACUGGCAUCCUUGUUCAACUUCUUGUGGAUGGCGACCGGCACAGGACAUGUCGCGCGGCCUGCGUGCUGCUGUCGGACCCGUGUUUCCAGCUUCACUCCAUCCGGCACCUUCUCAGCGAGGCCGGCGACCAGGCGAGCCUGAUGACCGCGCCCGUGCUAGCCUCUUCCUUCUCCGUCGCGGUGCCCUCGGUCGCUCCACCCCCUCUCGCCGGCCCCUCGGAGCUCAAGCAUUUCUCCCUCAACGCUUACAGCGACUACGUCAGCGAAGACGAGAAGCUGAAGGUGGAAAGCAUGCUGGCCUUCCUCACCAGGGAAUCGCAGAAGGCAGCGACCAGCACGCAGCCUGCCAGCGAGGAUGACCUUUGCCCCAUCUGCUACGCGCACUCCAUUUCGGCCAUCUUUCAGCCCUGCUCGCACAAGUCCUGCAAGGCCUGCAUCAAUCAGCAUCUGAUGAACAACAAGGAUUGUUUCUUCUGUAAAGCCACCAUCACGGCAGUGGACGACUACUGCAAGCCCCCCGCCUCCGGCUCAUAGCACGCACCUCCUUUCACGUCACGUGCGCAUUUUGAUGCCCGCUCGCGUUCAGGAACAUAUGUGAGGAUCGUUUCCUUUGUCCAUGGAGCCAUUGAUACACGUUACGUGUGUGACACUCACUAUCCUGUCAUGGAAUUAAAUUAUUCAUUGCAAAGAACAAAA